CUGAAAAUCACGUGAAAUCUGUACCCAUUCGGCUCCAUGUAACUCGACGCUGUCUCUGCCUUCUGCCAAGUCCAAUGUUCCUCGAAAAAUGUUCUUCACGGCUUUCCAUUUCUUAACCGCUGUGGUGUGAGCUGCGUACACCUGAGUCAGAUCGCGUGAGGUUUAGCCAUGCGAUUGAUAUCCUCUCUAGUCCUCGCUGGCCUCCUGCUGCAGGCGUAUUCGCAAUCUGAUGUUGUCACGCUGAGCGGGACAACAGAGACGACUGAAAGUCCAACGGCAACUGGCGCCGAUUAUGCCACCAGCGGAACCACAUAUGCUGAUGAAUCCAGCACGCUGACCAUCACGGCAACCACCGAUUAUGCUACCGUGACAGACCUUUCAAGCAUCUUUGCAACAUCAAACGGCACCGCAGCAUCCUCGAGCACGGGCUCCGGCAAUGCUACGACGACGUCGUCUGCUACUGAGACUUUGUUGGUCGGAGGUUCAAAGACAACGACUACCCUAAACGGGACAGCAACCUCGAAUCAAACCGCCUCGAGCACAUCGUCUUCCGCCCAACCCACAAACACAGUCCCGUGUAAUGGCCACCCUUCAUUUUGCAACCGGAAGUUCAGCAACAUCACCCAUGUUGCGGCACAUAACAGCCCCUUCGUGCGUCCUGGGAAUCUCGCCUCAAAUCAAAUGCUGGAUGUUGAGACGCAGCUAAACGAUGGCAUUCGAAUGUUACAGUUCCAAGCUCAUCUACAGGAUGGGACGAUGUACCUCUGCCACACGUCCUGUGAGCUGCUCAAUGUCGGCACGCUACAAGACUACCUCACCACUGUGACAAAAUGGCUCCGCAACCACCCGUACGACGUCAUCGCCGUCCUCAUGGGCAACUACGACGUUGUAGACCCCGGGAACUUCACCGCGCCUGUGGUCAACUCGGGCUUGAUCGAUUUCGUCUACACUCCUCCGACACAGCCCAUGCCUCUGGCCUCCUGGCCCACGCUGGCCGAGAUGAUCUUCAAAAACGAGCGCGCGGUCGUCAUGCUCGACUACCAGGCCAACCAGACCGCCAUCCCCUGGCUCCUCGACGAGUUCUCGCAGAUGUGGGAAACGCCGUUUUCGCCCACCGACAGAAACUUCCCUUGCACGCCCCAGCGACCGCCGAACCAGGGCCAGAACGUUCGCGAGAAUAGAAUGUACAUGGCGAACCACAACUUGAACCUGGACGUCGACAUUGCGGGGAUCAGUAUCGACGUGCCCUUCUUUACCCUGCUGAACGAGACGAACGGGGUGAGUGGGUUCGGCUCGGCCGGCCGGACCGUGCACAACUGUACGACCAUGUGGAACCGGCCGCCGAACUUCUUGCUGGUGGACUACUACAACAUUGGAAAUUUCAAUGGGAGCGUAUUCCAGGUCGCGGCGGACGCGAACGGCGUGAGCUAUAACCGGGACAGUUGCUGCGGGACCGCCGGGACAGCAAAUACAGGCGUCAUAGUUAAGGUAGACGUGAGGCGCUGUCUCUGGGCCGUGGUCGCUCUUUGUUCGCUUUUGAUAUUGUAAGGAUUGUGUAUAGAUGGGUCACGAGUGCAGCAGUUUUAUGUGAGUGCUAGAGGCUAGAUUAUUCCUUUCAAACUCCUCUGUUGAAUGGCGUUGUUCUGGCUCAAUAAUACGAUCAGAGCGAGGAGUAUCAAGGAACAUAA